GUUGGGCAGCUAAGUGGUCUCCACUUAAAAAUUAUUGAAGAAAGGCAAUGCAACGUGGGCCGAAUGAGUGAUUCCAAAUGUUUAGAGGGUGGGCGCAAGCUAUGGAAAAAGUUUGAAGGGAAAGCAAGAUUAAAUCGUUAAUUGUUGUUGAUCCAUAAUGGCGGAGGCAUUUCUUCAAGUCCUUCUUGAUAAUCUGAGCUCUCUUCUCAAGGAGGAGAUCGGACUCAUCUUGGGCGUCGACUAUGAGAUGAAGAAGCUCCGGAGUACUCUCACCACCAUCCAAGCUGUGUUAGAGGAUGCUGAAGACAAGCAAAUCAAGAGCAAGGCUAUUCGACAAUGGCUGCAGAAGCUCACCGCUCUUGCUUAUGAGAUCGAUGACAUAUUGGAUGACUGCAACACUCAUGUCUCCAAACUCAACCACUCUCAUUCAAAACACAGUCGCUACAGCCUUAAGAAAAUUAUGUAUCGCCACAACAUCGCAAGGAGGAUGAAGCAGGUUAACAAGAUUGCGGGCGAUGUUGCUACGGAACGCGCUAAUUUUCAUCUGCGCGAGAUGCCUGUCCAUAGGCCAAGAGAAGUUGCUCUUGCCUCGCGCGAGACAGCUUCCCUGUUGAACCAUUCUCAUCAGAUUUAUGGCAGGGAAGAAGAUAAACACAUGAUUGUCAAGAUGUUGGUGAAUGAUGUGAAGGAGAAACAGGAGAUGUCUGUGCUGCCAAUCGUGGGCGUUGGCGGCCUUGGAAAGACAACUCUUGCUCAGCUAGUCUUCAACGAUCCACAGGUGGAAGAGCACUUUGAUCUAAGGAUUUGGGUUUGUGUAUCUGAUAAUUUUGAGAUUAAGACUUUGGCGAAGGCCAUGAUUGAAUCUGCGACAGGGAGUGGAAAAGCUUGGGAUUUGCAGCACUUGGAUGCUGCAGUGCGUCACCUCUGGGAACUGUUAAGCAAAAAAAGAUAUUUGAUUGUCAUGGAUGAUGUUUGGAACGAUCACCAAAAUAAAUGGUUUGAGUUGAGAGACAUUCUAUCAUGUGGGUCAGUCGGCUCAUCUGUUAUCGUCACCACGCGUCAGAAGAAGGUUGCUGAUAUAAUGAGAACACUUCCAUGUCAUCACCCAAGGGGGUUGUCAGAUGAGCAUUGUUGGGCACUGCUACAGCAGCGCGCUUUUGUACCAAGAGAAGAGGUGUCUCCCCAGUUGGAAAUUAUUGGGAAACAAAUCGUGAAGAAAUGUGCAGGAGUGCCCCUGGCUGCAACAACGCUUGGAGGAAUACUACGAUUUAAAAGGAUAGAAGAGGAAUGGAUACAUGUGAGAGAUAGUGAGAUAUGGAAGUUGUCAGCAGAAGAGAGUUUGAUAAUUCCAGUAUUGAGAUUGAGUUAUCAUCAUCUUCCAUUGGAGCUUAGGCAAUGCUUUGCUUAUUUGGCAGCCAUUCCAAAGGACCAUUACAUUGAAAAGGAAGAAUUGAUCCUUCUAUGGAUAGCACAUGGCUACAUUUCAUCGAAAGAGUCUCAACAAGUUGAAGAUGUUGGAAAUCAGAUAUGUAAUGAGUUAUUACUUAGAUCUCUUCUACAAACAGAUAUUGAUAACAACACAGUGAUCGGUAUGCAUGAUCUCGUUCAUGAUAUGGCAGAAUCAAUAAUGGAGAACAAAGUUCCCGGAAUACGAAGUGAAAGAAAUCUUGCAAGUGCAUCAACUAUCCGCGAGGUAAAUUUGCUACAAAAAACUUCUCUGUUUCCUAAAACUUUUCAGCAAGAUAUGACCAUUACCUCCAUCAUUGAGCUCACAAGUUUAAGAGUAGUAAAUGCAAAAUCAGUUAAUGAUUUGCCUCCUUCCAUCGGCAAUCUUAAACAUUUGCGUUACUUGAAUUUGUCUAGUUCCGAAAUUCACACUCUCCCCAACUCGUUGUGUAAACUUUGGAACUUGCAAAUCCUCAAGUUGGAUUACUGUCGUAAACUUGUGGUUUUACCUAAGAAGCUAACCUCCUUACGUAAUCUUCAACAUCUAUGUUUGUGGGAAUGCGAGUCGUUGUCUGAAAUGCCAUCUAAAAUGAGAGAACUAAAUGGCUUAAAAACAUUGAGUUUGUUUGUAGUGGGUCUCAAGAGAGAUAACCAACUUGAGGAACUGGAAUUCUUGAACCUUAGUGGAAGGCUCGAGAUUAGGCAUUUGGAGAGAGUAAAAGACCAUAUGGAUGCAAAGAAAGCAAAGAUUGGAAAGAAAAACAAUCUUCGAGAAUUGAGAUUGUCAUGGGAAAGAAAUGAUCUAUCUAAGUUAGAGGAGGGUGUUGAUGAACAGGUGUUGGAAGCACUUGAACCUUGUCCAAAUAUUGAAUCUCUUUCUAUAAAUGGCUUCAGUGGUAGAUUUCUUCCGAGUUGGAUGUCAAAUUCAACUCUAGGAAAAAUAGUUAAGAUUGAUAUAAGUGAUUGCGAAAAUUGUAGGCAUUUUCCACAAUUGGGAGAGUUACGUCAUCUUGAGAGGCUGUUCUUAAGGAAUGUGGGGGUGGAGUAUAUUAUUGAAGAAGAUGUUGGGAAUGGAAUCCCAGUAAAGAUACAGUUUGUGGCUCUGAAAAGACUCCAUUUAAUUGAUCUUCCGAAUUUGAAGGGGCUCUCAAAGAAGCAAGUGAGUAAAGUAGCAUUCCCAAAUCUUGAAAUCCUAUGGAUUGAAUGUUGCUCUUCAUUAAUACUCCCACCACUCCCAUCCCUUCAAAAGUUGGAGAAUCUAAGAUGCAGUAACUCAACUUUGGCGUUAUUAUCUGAGCAGGACAUUCCUAGGAGUCUUUGCGUGGAAAUUGAGGAGAGCAUAACAUGUUUCCCAAUAGAAACACUGGCGAAAUUCAGUAAGCUUCAGUCAUUAAGAAUUAAGUUUGCCAACGAGAUAUCUGUGACAAGAGAAGGUCUGCAAGCCUUAAAACAGCUUACACUUUUAAGUCUAGACAGUUGUCGAACAAUGAGAUGUUUACCAGAAGGGAUGUUGUGGCACCUUACUGCUCUGCAGACCCUGCGAUUAUCAGAGUGCCCAGAAUUAGUAGAGCUGCCAGAGGAUAUUAAACAUCUCAAAAAUCUUGAUUGGCUUGUGUUAGAGGGACUUCCUAAGAUGACGUGCUUGCCUCAAGCCUUUCAGCACCUCACUUGGCUCGUGUUAGAGGAUCUUCCUGAGCUGGAAUCACUCCCGGAUCAGCUACCGUCUCUUAAUACACUCAAAGUUACAGACUGCCCAAAGGUUGUAACGAUUCCAGCUCUGCCAAAUCUGAAAGAGCUAACAGUCAGUGGUUGCCCACAACUGGAAAGGCGAUGUCAGAGAGGAAGCGGAGAGGAUUGGCACAAGAUUGCCCAUGUUCGCCGCAUUUUUGUUUCUCCAAUAUAAUUCAACUAUUUUUGAUGUUUAAGUUCUUGAUUGAUAAGUUACAUAAGUACAAUAAGUGUUUUGUGUUUUAGAAGAUCUUAGCUAGUUUUUUGAUGUGUUUUUAUCAUUGUCUUAA